GGGAGGCAUAGCACAUAUUGUGCGGGAGCGAAAUUCCCGAACCGAGGCCCACUCACUCCAGCCAACAUCCCCAUCCAACCAGCCAGCCAGAGCGUUUUCCAGUUUUCGGGACACACACAAAUCACCCGCCACCGGAGCGAGAAGGGACCGAGAGACACACACCGAAAAGACACGGAGAAGGCUUUUCCGGGAGCGACGACUUCUUCCUGACGAUGCGAUGGUGGCUCCGUGGAGGGUGCGCUGGGAGUAGUGUGACGGGGAGCAGAGCGCGCAAUGCCACCAGAAGUGUGCCACGAGAGCGGGAAAAGUUCUUGUGCAGACGGUUUAAUUUUCCACACAGAAUCAGGUUUUAUUUUAGUUUGGCAACGUUAUCGGAAUGAAGCACAACACAGCAGAAACAAUAAGGCAGCCACCAACUCUCCUACUGCUAGAGCUACUACUACUACAGUGUGUGAAGCUGGUUGGUCGGUCCGACACUGUAUAUCUUCGUUUUUUGUAUUGUCUGUCUGUCGCAUACUAGGAAGUAAUUGAAAUAUUUAAAAAUUCCAUCGAGUUGUUAGUCGAAAUAAGCCGAGAGUAAGAUAGCGAAAAGUUGGCACGGUUUUUUCUAAGUUUUUGGAAAUCAAAGAAAUCACUAGACUGUGUAAGAGAUUGGUCCGCGAAAAUCGGAGAAAAUAUAUUAAAAUAGCAUUGAAAUAGUUUUGGCAUGUUGUUACCCUAUGUAUCUCAAGUGUCACGUUAGCGGAAUACAUAAAAGCUACAAGUUUAUAGGCGUUAAUUAGUGCAAAUUGCUGCAGCAAGCGAAAUAUUCUUAUCCUCAAGUUGAUUAGCAAAGGAAGAAAAUUAGGAAAUAAGUGAAAAUUUGUAGUGUGUAAGGCAUCGAACUGUUUGUUUGGAAUACCGAAGAAAAAAAAGUGAAUCGUAAAAUUGGGUCACACGAAUCGGAGUGCGAAAAUGUGAAGCAGAUUUCGGUUGGCGAGUUUUUCCCAGGUGGCGAGCGUCGCUCGGAAAUAGGAAAAAGGUGUUUUGGUGAUUCCCACGAAGGAAAAGCUAUUUGUGUCCAAAAUUCGGCGGAAGGAUAUUGUCUACCGCCGCAGCCAGCCCCACACGUUCCAAAUGAGCAGGGACUAGGAAUAUCCCGAACCCAGUGGACCACUCCACAGAAAUAUAGGUCACUGAGGCUGUCUGGUGAAAACGGAAGAAUAAGAAGAAUAAAUCCAAGCAGAAGAAGAAGAAGCAGUCCGUGAAAUUCGGUGUAAAUCACAGUUUUUCAUCGUCUCUCCCAACCCAACUCCCCCCGACAAAAAAAAAAGAGGAGAAAAAUGGAAAUGGGAAGUGAAGUGUUCAGCAUGGGCCUAGCCCUGAAACUGCAGAAGUUGCCCCCGGGGUCGACGCUGGACUUUUCCGAGUUUCGACGGGAGAAUUCCAACACGGCCGCUUACACCAGCGACUGGGACAACUACCAGGCCCAGGAGACGACAGCGAACGACACCGGUCCGUACGAGGAGUACGAACUGUUCUACCGGCACUCGUCCACCAUGACGGCAGUGUACUGUGUGGCCUAUUUUGUGGUGUUUAUCGUGGGUUUGAUUGGGAACAGUUUCGUCAUCGCGGUGGUCUUCCGCGCGCCCCGGAUGCGAACCGUGACCAACUUCUUCAUAGUGAACCUGGCCGUGGCGGACGUGCUGGUCAUAGUGUUCUGCCUGCCGGCGACGCUCAUGAGCAACAUCUUCGUGCCGUGGAUGCUGGGUUGGCUGAUGUGCAAAACCGUACCUUACAUACAGGGAGUUUCCGUGGCGGCUUCCGUUUACAGUUUGAUAGCAGUCUCGCUGGAUCGAUUUCUCGCUAUCUGGUGGCCUUUGAAGCUGCAAAUCACCAAACGCCGGGCGCGAUUCAUGAUCGUGUGCAUCUGGGUGAUCGCGCUCAGCUCGACCAUACCGUGGGCCCUAUUCUUCGAGCUGGUGCCCAUCUUUCCGGAAGCCCCGGAAAUCCAGCUGUGCGUUGAAGUGUGGCCACCCGGAACCGACGGUGCGCUGUACUUUCUGCUGGCCAACCUGGUGGCGUGCUACCUGCUGCCAAUGGUGCUCAUCACCAUUUGUUAUAUACUGAUCUGGAUCAAGGUUUGGAGGCGAUCCAUCCCCGGUGACUCCAAGGAUGCCCAGAUGGAUCGGAUGCAGCAAAAGUCCAAGAUCAAAGUUGUUAAAAUGCUUGUUGUAGUUGUUAUUCUAUUUGUACUAUCCUGGUUGCCGCUGUACUUGAUCUUCGCCCGGAUUAAGCUGGGCGGUGCGCUGGAAAGCAGCGAAGAAGAGUUGCUGCAGAUUGCAACUCCGAUAGCCCAGUGGCUGGGGGCGUCCAACUCAUGCAUCAACCCGAUCCUGUAUGCGUUCUUCAACAAAAAGUACCGGAAAGGAUUCGUCGCCAUCAUCCGGUCGAGGAAAUGCUGCGGACGGUUAAGGUACUACGAAACCGUUGCCAUCGCAUCGUCCUCGACGAGCACCCGAAAGUCGUCGCACUAUCACAACAGCACCAAACGUCCACCGUACAGCCCAUCGAUGAAGUCCACGGACGCCGUGUCGUACAUCUACGAGGAGAAGGGCGGCCGCCGGCACCACGCCAUCUCCAAGCAGGACAGCAACCUCUCGCGCCACAUGCUGCUCAAACAGGACAGCAGCAUAUCGAGGCAGACGCUCCUCAAGCAGGACAGCAUCGCAUCACGAUCGGCCAUACUGUAUCGGCAAGAUAGCGACAACUCUCGCCAGAUGCUUCUGAAGCAGGAUAGAAACAGUUCGCGGGACAUGCUAUCGAAGCAGAGCUCGGCAUCGGACUCGAUCUCCCGCCAGGACAGUCAAAUCUCGUACAUUGAGCCACGCAAGGGCAUCCUGUGCAAACAGGACACGCAAAUCUCGUACAUUGAGCACUCGAGUGCCAGCAAAAAGUACUCGGCCUCGCUGUCCAGCCAGGAUAGUGUCCUGUCGAUAAUCGAGCACAAGCGGCACAAACUCGUCAAGCAAGACUCUAUUUUCUCGUUCAAUGAGCCCAAAUCAGGUAAGCAGCCGUGUUCCCAUAGUCGGUGUCUACGCACGUCUCCUGCACGUAAAAGCACGACAUUUCCUAACGCACCACCUUCACCCGUACUACUGUCAAUAGCAAAUCCAAAACCAGCCUGUCUAGAACUUGCCAAUCCCUCUAGUUGGCCGCUUUUCGGAGCUCGUAGUUGUUGUCCAGUACUACCUGUCCACCACCACUACCACCACAACCACCUUCAUCACCAAAACCAUCAAAGCCAUGAGCGUCGCACGUCGCUACUCCCACCGCCGACCAUUAAUCAACGGCAUCCUCUAUUGUUCUUGCUCGUUGUAGUGUACGAGAAUGCCGCGGUUGCACCACCAUCAAACAAACGUCAUCAGCUGGUCAAGCAACACUCGGUUAUCUCGUUUGCCGACCAGAAACGUGGCGGUAGCCUAACCAAGCAGGACUCCGUCACGACCAUCCACCGGGCCAGCAACGGAGACGGUCCGUACAUAUCGUCCAUCCUGAAGAAGACCGACUCGCAGUGCAGCUCAGCCUCGCCGAUAAGGAAAAAUAUUGGAUUUUUCGACGGAUAAGCAGGCCAUGCUCUAUUGUUUAUUACAUUUUCCCGCGGCCUCCCCCUCGAGAGGUUCCUGUGUUCCUCUGUGUUGCGGAACUAUGGAUGAUGACCUUCGUCCCAUGCCUGCCCACGAUUGUUAGAAUAGUGAAGGAGGCCGAGACACCAUUCGUCCCGAAUAGUAGUCGUAUACCAAACCAGCUAGAAACCAACGUUUUAUAUUUGCCCUAACCGGAAAAAGGGAACACAAACAAAAAGACAAAAAAAAAGGAAAAUCCUCGCUUCAUAUUGUACGACGGCACAAUCUAGCGACAGUCAGUAGCAGCAUCGCAUCCAUCGAGUAGAAAGUGAGCCAGAGUUAGAGCACGAUAGAGAGACAGAAAGAAAGCGAGACAAGUGUCAUCCAUCCUAUCCAUAAAGGCGACCACCAGCACACUUUCAGCCAUCAGCGACGAACCAACCGAGGCAUACAACACUGCACCUAGAUAAAUCCUCCUUCCCACAUGUCCUGUGCUAAAAAUAUAUAUUUCAACCAUAUCCAGAAACCCGAAAACAGCUGAAAAAAGGCACAAACAGGAGCGUAUAAAAGCCAGUGAAAAACCGGUAAAAACGGGCGGGCGCUCACACACAGAAACACACACACAUCCUCCCACCGCACCAACCCACCAACCAACCGCCAUUCGAAGUAGGAAUCAUCCUCAACCUCAUCAUAUUGUGCAUCAUCCACGACCACGACACACCAACCGAAGGCUUUUCUCGUUGUUCAACCCCCUCCAGGAUACCCGAUCAGAGAGGCGUAACACAAAUGUAAUAGAAUGAUAUCAUCGGUGAUGGAAUUGAUCUAAAAACAUGCUAGUUUCUACCCUACUUUUGAUUUUUACCCAAACUAUUUAAAUGUACUUUAUAACUACAUGUGAUGUAUUUUCCUCAUCUUUCAUUGUUAUAAACUUGAUACUUGAAUGGUUCAAAACCUGUUAUAAUUAUUAUAUGCCUAGGCCAAUUAUUGUUAUAAUUGUUGUUUUUAACACCUAACCGGCUUAUUUUAAAGUAACUCUGUCGUUAUUCCUUUCUGAUCGGAUAGCGUUAGCAGCGACGAACGAUGGACGGGCGGAUACCUAUAACCCAUAAGCCAGCAACAGCAGUCAUCCCCCCAUAUAACCGGGUCCCAUUAUUUUCAGUUUAAAAUCACUUUUAUAUCCUGCACUGCACAUACAAACACACAUCCACAUAUAUAAUUUAUCACAAUCAAUAUCAAUCUAUGUGUGUACUAGUCUAGGACUAAGAUCCGAAAUUGAUCGAGUGCAAACCUAAAACG